CGUCAAUUUUGGGCCGUUCUCAUCGGUAUUGACGCAUAUCCAACCACUCCACUACGCGGUUGUGUAUCAGAUGCAAGGGAAAUGGCCAAAUAUCUGAUCGGAGACCUCGGUGUCCCAGAAGAUCAUAUUCAGUACCUUCUGGGCAACGAUUCCUCCAUCCCCACCCGUGAUAAUAUAAUCAAAACACUUCUUGGUUUAUCUACUGACGACCGGAUACGGAAAGGCGACAAUAUUAUCAUCUACUUUGCCGGAAAGGGUUCAAUCUACCUUAAUAGGGACUAUUUCCCCAAGGGUACUCUUGAAUGGUACGGAAGCAACAUAGCAUUGUGCCCCGUGGAUCGCACUACUCCCCAUGAUAAUGGUGUCGGUGUCAUCCCCGACAUUAGCGAUCGAGAGAUAAAUAUCAUUCUCAGUGAAAUUGCUGGCACUAAGGGAUGUCAUAUCACUGUCAUUCUUGACUGCUGUCACUCCUCAGGUGCCACCAGGGGU